AUGAGUCCGCUCUGUUCCAGUCAAGAAUCGGUCACCAAAAUAUUUGAAUUUUUGGUUGCCUCGGAAGCUUUGGGUGACAAGAACGAACUUGUUGCGCAAGAGCUUCUUGAAGCUGGAAUCGAGAUCAUCACACUUCAUGGUUUGGCCCACGUUGAGUCCUUGGUUCCAAUCUUUGAGAAAUGCCUUGCCCAGGCUGACACUGGCUCGAAGAGACAGGACCGUCUUCGUGAAUCGGUCAUCAUUCUUUACGGUUCUUUGGGACGGCAUUUGAAGGCCGAUGACGAACGUUUGCACCUUAUUGUUGAAAGAUUGCUCCAGACACUUGACACGCCAUCUGAGGAUGUGCAAUAUGCUGUUUCUGAGUGUAUUGCGCCAUUGUCUCAGGCAUUCGAGCCCAACUUGCAAGCGCACUUUGAUAAUCUUUUCGCAAAGCUUUGGAGUGGAAGCAGCUUGGCGGUGCGUAAAGGUGCCGCCUACGGUAUCUCUGGUUUGGUCAAGGGUGCUGGUAUUCGUCUGAUUUAUGCAUUUGAUGUAAUGAGAGAGAUUUCCACUGCUGCUGAUGACAAGAAGCCGGAGCUGCGUGAAGGUGUUGCAUUUGUGCUUGAUUGUCUUCUGCAGAGUUUAGGAGCAUACUUUGAACCUUAUGUGAUUGAAACGUUACCGCUCGUUCUCAAGUCUUUGGGUGACGCUAGUCCUGGAGUGCGUGAGGCUACUGACAUGGCAGCUCGUCAAAUCAUGAAGAGCACAACAAGUUACGGAGUUAAGAAAUUGAUCCCCGUGGCCAUCAGCCAUUUGGCCGAGCAUGCAUGGCGGUCAAAGAAGGGAGCGGUCGAAUUGCUUGGUUCCAUGGCGUACCUUGAUCCUGCGCAGUUGUCGGCAUCUUUGUCGACCAUUGUGCCAGAAAUCGUGGGUGUUUUGGGCGACUCGCACAAAGAGGUGCGUCGCGCGGCCGACCAAGCGCUCAAGCGUUUUGGUGAGGUGAUUCGAAACCCCGAAAUCCAGGCGAUCGUGCCUGACUUGAUCCGUGCCAUUGGCGACCCUGCAAACCACACAGACGCAGCAUUGGAAAAAUUGAUCCGUACUCAGUUCGUCCACUACAUUGACGGCCCGCUGUUAGCGCUCAUUAUCCAUGUAAUCCAUCGUGGUAUGCGCGACCGGUCUGCGGCAACAAAGAAGAAGGCAUGUCAGAUUGUGGGCAAUAUGGCGAUUUUGGUGGACGCGCGCGAUCUUCUUCCGUACUUGGCGGCGUUGGUGGCCGAGUUGGAAGUUGCUAUGGUGGACCCGGUGCCUGCGACCCGUUCUACUGGUGCGCGCGCAUUGGGUCUGUUGGUUGAGAAAUUGGGCGAGGACCAGUUCCCAGACUUGAUUCCGCGCCUUCUCGCGACGUUGCGCGAUCCGGCGCGCGCAGGCGACCGUCUUGGUUCUGCUCAAGCGCUCGCCGAAGUCAUUUGUGGUCUUGGCCUUGCCAAGUUGGAUGAAAUGUUGCCCAUCAUUUUGGAUGCGGCCCAGUCUCCCGAAUCCCACGUCCGUGCCGGUUUCAUGCCAAUGCUUUUGUUUUUGCCUGUGUGUUUCGGCCUGCAGUUUGCGCCCUACCUUAGCCGCAUUGUUCCGCCUGUUUUGGCCGGCUUGGCUGAUCUGGAUGAGGACAUUCGCUCCACUGCUUUGCGCGCGGGUCGUUUGAUUGUCAAGAACUACGCCAGCCGUGCUGUCGACCUCUUGCUUCCUGAACUUGAACGUGGUUUGGCCGAUCUGUCGCCCCGCAUUCGUCUCUCAUCGCUCGAGCUUACUGGAGAUCUUUUGUUCCAGGUUACUGGUGUGUCGGGCAAAAACGAGCUCUCCGAAGAGCAGGUGGAGGUUGGCCGCGCGCUCGUGGAUGUUUUGGGCGCCGAGCGUCGCGACCGUGUCUUGGCCGCCUUGUUCGUGUGCCGUGCUGAUGUUUCUGCGCCUGUCCGCGCUGCCGCCAUCGACAUUUGGAAGGCUCUUGUGGCCAAUACUCCUCGUGCCGUCAAGGAAAUUGUGCCAAGCUUGACGCAUGCCAUCAUCGACCGUUUGGCUGGUGGCGAUGCUGUGCUGCGCCAGAUUGCAGCCGCUACGCUUGGCGAUGUUGUCCGCCGUGUUGGCUCGCUGGCGUUGGCGCGCUUUUUGCCUACGCUUGAAGACGCCCUUUCGUCGGGCGACGCUCCUGCGCGCCUGGGUAUCUGUAUAGCACUCAGCGAAUUGGUUGCAGCCGCUUCGGAAGAGGCGGUUCUCGCCCACCAAGACACGUUUAUUGGCAUUGUGCAGAAGGCGCUUGUGGACGAUAACGCCGAGGUUCGUGCUGCCGCUGCGCAAGCUUUCGAGGCUUUGCAGGAGAAAUUGGGCAAGACGGUUGUGGACUCGAUUGUUCCUGGUUUGUUGGCGCAGGCCAGCUCGAAUCCGCUGGCGUUGCUGGCUUUGGAGGAGCUUGUUCUGGCACGCGCCGAACUUUUCGGCACUUUGCUUGCGCUGUUGUUGGCGCCUCCGCUUGAUGCACCAAAGGCCCAGGCCCUUGCGCUGCUUGCAGAAGCGGCCGGUUCUGCCGUGUACCUGAGAUUAGGCUCUAUUGUGGGGGCUCUCGUGCAAGCGAUCUCCUCGAGCAACGACAAGGAAAGCAAGGAUGGCUCCGUGGAAGUAUUGGAGACUUCGCUCGACCGUAUUCUCCUUUGCGCAGACGACUCGGGUGUUCAUGCGGUGAUGCUGCAACUUAUGCACUUUGCUCGCCACGAGGAUUCUAACAAACGUGCUGUGGCAGGAGAGCGCAUGGCCGUCUUCUUUGGCCAAACGUCGCUUGACUACUCAUCAUACAUUCCGGACCUUGUAUCGCAACUUGUUCUUGGUUUGGGCGAUGCCGAUGACCGUGUUGUUCGUGCAAACGCUGCGGCGCUUUUGUCGUUGGUUCGUGCCCAAGACAAGCCGCAAUUGGCCCGCAUGGUGCGCCCAGCUCACGAUGCCUUGAACCUCGCUGGCGUGCGCGACGAGCCUUUGCGAGCCUUUGUUUUGGGCGGCCCCGCCUGUAUUGUGCCCGUGUUCGCACACGGCUUGAUGUAUGGCACUGGCGACCAGCGUGAGCUUUCUGCUCAUGCCAUUGCGCAGAUCAUCACGCGUACGCCGCCUGAAAAAUUGCGUCCACUUGCCACCACUCUUGCCGGUCCAUUAAUCCGUGUCAUUGGAGAACGUGUGCCACCAGGUGCCAAAACCGCCAUUUUGGGUGCGUUGGCAGCGUUGUUGGAGAAGAUUCCCCAGUUCCUUCGUCCGUUUGUGCCCCAACUUCAACGUACGUUUGUGCGGUCACUCUCGGAUGCUGGAAACAGCGAAUUGCGCGCAGGCGCAGUGUCAGCUCUUGGUGUUUUAGUGGCCUUCCAGCCCCGUGUUGACCUGUUGGUUACUGAAUUGGUUACAUCGGCUAAAACAGCAGAGCCGCCUAUUCGUCAAACUAUGGUCCAGGCAAUGUUGCAAGUUGUGGCGCGUGGUGGUACGCACAUGAGCGAACAGUCAAAGGCUGCAGUUAUGGGUCUUGUGGAGGGCGAGCUUGGCUCGCUCGAAGAUGGUGCACCCGCAGUGGCAUAUGCGCGCUUGCUUGGGGCAGUGGCGCGUGUUUUGUCGCCAGAAGAGGCGGCAGCGCUCGUGCGCGACAAGAUCUUGAAGGACGGCGCCUCGCCCUUCUCAGUGUUGGCCAUUAACUCGUUCUUGCGUGAGGCACCCUCGCACAUUUUCGACACCGGCGUGCUUGGAGAUGUGGUUGAUUUUGUUGUAGCCGCGUGUGCAUCGUCUCAGCCAUAUAUUAGUGACAAUGCUGUUGUGGCACUCGGAAAACUUCUUUUGCUUGACGGGAAGGAGAGAGACGACAACAGUUCUGGCGCCUCUUUCAUGCUAGGUGACCAUCUUCGCACCCUUGUGUGUGAGUUGGCACGCUGCGCAGUACAGCCCGCUUCGAAUUCUCCCGACACGAGACGUUUGGCGCUUGUGGUUGUACGUACUGCGGCACGUCAUCGGUAUGAGGCGCUCAAGCCUCACUGGGAUGUUUUGGUACCAGCCGUGUUUUCGUGCUUGCGAGACGCCAUCAUUCCGAUCCGUUUGGCGGCUGAGAAGGCAUACUUGGCUCUUUUCAAUUUGGUGGAUGAUGUGGAUAUGAAGGACUUCACUGAGUGGUUUGCGCUGGUGGGUGAAAUCAAAAAUGCAGUGGGCACUGUUUUCCAACCCCGUUCGAUUGGCGACUACACCAAGAGAGUUGCAGGCCGUUUAGCAGGAGUGGAGCGUGAGAAAAUCUCAGCUGGUGGUGAUGCUGAAGCAAUGUUCAGCGACCGUUACGAAGAUGAAAAGGAAAUUUGGGCUGUGGGCGGCUGCUGA